AUGGACGAAUUGGACAAAAGAACUACCCCGGCAUCCGGCCUCCCUAUUGCCUUCCAUGGCACGGUCAUCCAUUCCAAAGCAUUGGAUGACCUCGAGAUUCUGGAAAACUGUUUCCUGCUCGUGGCCAAAGAUGGAAGAAUCCAAGCCAUUCAAGCAGACGUGGAGCCUGACCAAAUCAACUCCCUAGUCUCAGCAAAUGGAUAUGCACCCGAUGUGUUCCCAGUGAAACAGCUCAAGCGUGGACAAUUCCUAUGUCCCGGCUUAGUCGACACCCACAACCAUGCCCCACAGUAUGCGCAGCGUGGAAUGGGAAGAGGCAUAGAUCUAUUAGAAUGGCUGAACAAGGUUACUUUCGCCCACGAAGCCAAGUUUGAAGAUCCAGAAUACGCCAAGAAAAUGUACACUGCAUGCGUUACAGGGUUCUUGCAACAAGGCAUAACCACAGCCUCAUACUACGGCUCGCACCAUGGUCAAGCAACUCGCAUUCUAGCAGAUGUGUGCUUCGAGAAAGGCCAGCGCGCCCUCGUGGGCAAAUGUAACAUGAACCGAAAUGCCCCGGACUGGUACCGAGAUGCAUCGGUAUCUGAUUCACUUCGCGAAACGAGGGAUUUCAUUCACCAUGUCCAGCAACUUGACCCUGAUAGAAUUUUGAUAAAACCCAUUUUGACUCCGCGAUUUGCGAUAUCGUGCGAGCCGGAGCUGCUAGAAGGAAUCGGGGCUAUCGCUAGGGAACACCCAGAUCUUCCGAUUCAGACACACUUCAACGAGGCGAGCCAGGAGAUUGAGUUCACCAAGCAGCUGUUUCCGGAAUUCAAGACAGAGGCAGAUCUUUACGAGCAAUAUGGUCUACUAAAUGACCGAUCAAUCCUUGCCCACUGCAUCUUCCUUCAGGAGGAUGAAAUGACUCGGAUCCAGGAGCUUGGCUGUGGAGUUGCUCACUGCCCAAUCUCGAACACCACCAUGCAGGACUUCAUGGUAGCGCCUGUACGCGAGUACCUGCGGCGUGGCAUCAAAGUGGGCCUCGGCACUGACAGUGGAGGGGGCUAUUCAUCUUCUAUACUGGAUGCCAUGAAGCAUGCGUUCAUUGUGUCGGUGGCACGGCAGACUGCAACCAAGGGGAAGGACCCUGCGUUGUCUUUGUGCGAGGGCUUCUUCCUUGCUACACUGGGUGGUGCGCAGGUUUGCGGGCUCGAUGACAGAAUUGGAAACUUUGUAGUGGGAAAAGAGUUCGAUGCGCUUGAGGUCCAUUGCAUCGAUCUUGAUCGCCCGGGAGUGAUGAGCCCGGUUGAGGAGGAAGAUUCCACGCAAGUCAUAUUUGAGAAGUUCCUUAUGACUGGUGACGAUCGAAAUAUUGUGAGAGUCUAUGUGGCCGGGCGAUCUGUGAAGCCCUGA